AUGGCGACGACGAAGCGGAAAGGUGGAACCUCCGGGUCCGAGAGAACGAACCCAAGGGUUUGGCUAUACUCCAUUUUGCUCGCCUUUCAAUACGGAGCUCAGCCUCUCAUCUCCAAACGCUUCACCAGACCUGAAGUAAUUGUGACUACAUCUGUUUUGACAUGCGAGAUAGCUAAGGUUACAUGUGCCCUGAUUCUCAUGGUAAGAGAUGGCAGCUUGAAGAAAGUGUUCAGUCAGUGGACUCUGGUUGGUUCAUUGACUGCAUCAGGACUUCCUGCAGCUAUUUAUGCGCUGCAAAACAGCUUGCUGCAGAUAUCUUACAAGAAUCUUGAUUCACUCACAUUUUCGAUAUUGAACCAGACAAAAAUAUUUUUUACUGCAUUUUUUACAUACAUAAUAUUGAGGCAGAAGCAAUCAAUUCAACAAAUUGGGGCUUUGCUGUUGCUGAUAAUGGCAGCUGUUCUUCUAAGUAUCGGUGAAGGCUCUAGCAAAGGCUCUAGUAGUAAUGACCCUGAGCAAAUUUUAUUUUAUGGGAUCAUUCCUGUCCUGGUUGCUUCUAUUCUCUCUGGUCUAGCUUCAGCUUUGUGCCAAUGGGCUUCUCAGGUUAAGAAACACUCGUCAUACUUGAUGACUGUAGAAAUGUCAAUUGUUGGAAGCUUGUGCUUGUUGGCCAGUACCACUAAGUCUCCAGAUGGAGAAGCUAUCAGACGGCAUGGAUACUUUUAUGGUUGGACUCCACUAACUAUGAUCCCAGUUCUAGCCAAUGCUCUUGGUGGAAUUCUUGUAGGCCUUGUCACAACCUAUGCUGGUGGCGUGAGAAAGGGGUUUGUUAUUGUUUCUGCACUUCUUGUAACGGCCUUACUUCAGUUCAUGUUUGAAGGGAAACCACCGUCAGUGUACUGUCUUGUGGCUCUUCCACUCGUCAUGACCAGCAUUUCAAUAUACCAGAAAUAUCCAUAUCGGGCAUCCCAAGUUGCAGAUGGAGAAAGUACUGGAAUUUUUGAGAAGUUUCUCCAUAGCUACCAGAUAAGAUCACAAAUUUCUGCUAAUGGACUCUUCCCUUGCAAUGGUGGUGGAAGUCCAAAUGCAGUUCUAGAAAAGAUUAAGAACCCAGAUGCGGAUUAA